GCGUUAACAGCUCUGCCGCUCACAUAAGCGCUUACCCACACGCUCGCACGCUCGCUCGCUCGUCGUACUUUCGCUCGCAAGCGGUUCCGUGAGCGUCCAUUGUUCCCGCCACAAUGCGUUGACAUUACGAGUACGUUCGGAAACGAUUAAUUGACGCGAUAUUACCGCUGAUUGUUUUUAAACGUUUCUUAAUCUGUGACCUUUUUUUUUUUAAUUGGGUUCUUUUUAGUGUAAUGUGAUUGGAUACGGAUAUACGACCGGUCAGGAAGCGGCGAAAACACCAGACUUCAAAGCGUCAUCCGACAUCAAACGACUAACUAGUCAACCCCGAGUGGCUAUUAAACGUUAAUUCAAUCAUAAAAACAAACAUGAGAUAUUUUAGUACGAUUCGCGGUUAAAAGAUACACAUGAACGCAGAACAAAGCAACCAAGAACAGAUAAAUGCUAAAGAAGACACUGGAGACAUGCAAACAGUAGUGUCAAGUUACAUGACUCCUAACUUAAUCACGCAAGCGGACAGACUAAUCGACUCUCAUAGUUAUUCCACUGAUACGUAUACGGAAUACUAUGCAGAAGAUAUAGAUAGGUUUUCUCAUGAAGGCAGAGAUGAGAGAGAAGAAAGAGAUGAGAAUAUUAAUGUUGAUGAGGAUGAAAAAGAAGAAGAACUCGUCAUUGCUGAUGAGGUCACUGGUGAUACAAAUUUUGAUAAUGAUAAAAGUUUUGAAGAAAGUUACGUAACACAAGAUACUAUUAACGUUAGACACCAGUUAGAUAGAGGUGUAGAAGUAAGUACUGUACAAGUACAAAAUAAUGGUGAUCCUAAUAGAACUGAAGAAAGUGGAGAGUCAUGGCAUCCACAUGUCUAUGGAAAACCUCCCAAGAAGCCUACACCUCAUACAAUAGAAUACAUAUUAGGGUUAUCAAAAUCAGAAGUGAAAGAACAAAAGCGGUCGACUGUAAGUCAGUUAAUGAAUGUGAAAAGAAAUUUCGAUACCAAAAAGACUUUUACGUACCAGGAAAAAGGUACGCAAGUGCCAAACUUGGUGGAAAGAAAGGUUAGUCUAAGUGUCCAUAAAAAUAAACUGCAGGAACAAUUGUUGCAACGUGGUGUGAGAACUAGUGAUAGUGAUUAUGACAAAGUGUUUGGGUUUAAGACUGAAGAUCAGCCGCUGAAUCUGUCUGUGCCAAAGUCCAAAGACUCGCCUGCAUGGAGUCCAGGUGUGGAUGAAGAUAAGUUUAAUAAAGAUACAAAACAAAUGAAACGCAAGAAGUCAACUGAUGACGUCCGUUCUCCACUCGGUGGAGAAGGUUCCAUGACCAGCGAAGAAGGAGAAGAACUGGGCAGGCGCAAGAAGGCGCGCACCACCUUCACCGGAAGACAGAUCUUCGAGCUGGAGAAGCUGUUCGAGGUGAAGAAGUACUUGUCUUCGGGCGAGAGAGCGGACAUGGCUAAGCUUCUCAAUGUUACUGAGACUCAGGUAAAAAUCUGGUUUCAAAACAGAAGAACGAAAUGGAAGAAGAAGGACAACGUGUCGAACGCAGAAGUAGCGGAAAUCAAGCAGCAGAACAAACCCGCCACAGAAGAGAAGUUAGAAGAAGUCAAAGAUCCUCUAGCUUUAGACAUGUCCAAGAAAACUUGCAACAAAAUCCUUAGCGAAAAAUUAAGAAGUACUCAAAAAGUAACUAACGUAACUCAAAAUAUACCAAAACCUAGAAGAGUAGAAAAGGGGGUUGUCCUCGAAUCGAUAUGCGACUCGAACGAUAUAGAAAGUAGGAUAUCGAUAACUAAAAUCACGAAUAAAUUAUCGAGUACAGAUCUAUCGGAGGCUGUAUCGGUGAAAAGUUUUAAUCCUGAAGAAGUGAAGGAGAAGUAUGACUCUAGAGAGGUAGAGAUGUGAAUUUUGAUUUAUUUUUAAUUUUAGGUUAGGUUCCUGUGGUCUGGGGCCUACCAUGAAUUUGCCUUGCUAUCUUAUUAUGCUUAUAUUAUAGUCUUUCUUGCAGACUUUUCUUGGAAAGAUCUACUUUUUGAACCAGACGAAAAAUCUUGAAACUCGCUUUCCGAUCGGUCUGUUCGUUUGUCAGUUCGAUUUUAAACUAACUUCCCUAUGAGCUAGCAACUUGAAAUCUCAAACAUAAUUUGAAUCGGGAUGACAAUGCUAUAUUAACUCGCUUUCUUGUCUCUCUGGUUGUUUGUUAGUGUGUUCCCUAGCGCACUAGGAAAUCUUCUUCCUGUGUAAAAAAUAAGAAUUGAAUAAGGGUUCAUGGUAAGUCUCCCGGAAAGAUCUCUGAUAGGUUACUUUUGUAAGCGUGUGUGUGAUUUAAUUUUGCUCGGUUUGUUACGCUGGAGAUUCAAUAAAAUUUUAAUUAAGUUCGGGAAUUUAUGUCGUAUUUUGAUCCGCUUGGUCAUCGGACACUCAGCUUUAAUAAGCGAUGGGCGAUUGUUC